AUGAACAUGUCAUUUGAUGUAGAUUGGGAUAUAGAUAAAUACCGAGAUGACCACGAAAGUGACGACCAUUGGCAGUUACGCAGAGCAUUUAUGGAAAAAUGGAAGACAGAUUAUCCAGAAGAUCGAUUAGUUUGUCUGGCUAGGCUAUUUAUUAAUGUCGAAAUACUGGGCUGUAGGUACCCUACUGAAGUCAUGCAAGAGAUUGCCAGAUUGUCUCAUGAGGUAGUGCACUCCUAUAGGAAACAAAAGGAAUCAAAGGUGCAAAGAACAUUUGUCUCUGCAUCUGAUGCUGCAGAAGACAGAGCGAAAGGUAUUAAGCGACAAGGGGGAGUAGUCGUUGAAGAUGGGCCAAAAGCUCCAAAAAUUCAGUUUGUAGCUGCCAGUAAUGAUAAUGAAAAAGAUAAAAGCGACAGUGAAUCAGAUUAUGAUAUUACGGAUAAUGAGGAUACAAAUAUAGUUGAAAUUAAUGAAACAAAUACAGUGGAAAAUAAUGAGACUAGUACAAUUGAAAGAAAUGACACAAGUACAAUUGAAAACAACAAAGUUAUGUUAGCAGAAGAAUCAAUCUUGGAACGGAAAGCUGAAUCAAAUAUGUAUAUAGAGGAAAUGUCAAAGAUUAAUUGUUUAGAUGUCAAAUCUUUUAGGGAAUAUAUGUUUAAGUCUAUAUUUGGAAAAAUGGUAUUACUUAUAAGACCAUGGGCGCAGAAAUUGUGGAAUAUUCAAACAAGCUGUCAAGUUUGCAACAUAGAACUAAAUACAACAUAUGAAAGCAGAUGUUUCACACUCACAAUAAAUGGUCAGUUAAUCGCUCAAGGUAUGGGCGAAUCUAAGGUGGAGGCUAGGAGUUUAGCUGAGAAUCUAGCUUGGGAGAGGAUACGAAAUGAAGUCAUAAGUGUGGUAGUAAAAGAACAGUUCAUAGCGCAAAAUGAUACUCGUAUCACUGUCAACGACGUCUCAGGAAAGAAAUUGAGAGAUGAUAUGUUUGGCACCCCGGUGGAGAACAGUGUUGCUAUGAAGAUGAUGCAAAUGAUGGGUUGGAAAGGUGGGGGGCUUGGAGCUGACGCACAGGGAAUAGCUGAACCUAUCAAGCCUAAUUUACAAUUAGUAAACCGCGCGGGCUUGGGAAGCACUUCAUCCGAUAUCAGACAGUUGCGGAAAGCUGCCUACACUCUAAUGGAGCGAUACAUCGCCUCCGACACCCUCGAUCUGGACCUGGUAUUCAGCUCGGAGUUCAGCAAGGAGGAGAGGGCACUACUGCACCAAUGUGCUCAGAGGGUCGGCCUCUCGUCCAGGAGUUACGGGACUGACAAAGAAAGGUUUUUGGUAGUAAAAAAGAAGCUAGACCCGUUCUCACUCGCCCGGGCCGUUAUUGAAAAGGGGGGCACGACGCCAAAAUAUCAAGUAUUCAUCCCAGCAAAACUAGCUUCAAGAAAUGGAUGUAGAUUUUGA